AUGGGCCUCCGCGAGCUCUCCUUCAUCGGCGCUGGCUCUCGGCGAUCUUUGCGGACUUCGUUCCUUGCUGUCCCAGGACUUAUCCUCGGCGGGUUUUUUUCUGCUGGAGCUGCUGCUUCCUCCAAUGACCUGGGCGCAGGAUGUUGUGGUGAUGGUAAUGGUGAUCUUUUCACCGUCCGCCUCAGUGAACUUGGGCCAAAUUCUCGGCAAACAUGUGAGCAGAAGUGUAUUGAUAAUUCAGCUUGCGUGUGGAUAAAUUACGGUUGGUUUCAAUUUGCUUGGCCGCAUGGUGAAUCUGACUGGUGUGCCGGUUUCAGUCAGUCAGCAAAUUGCGAAGCAACCGGGUUGGACACACGAGCGGGUUGGGCCGGCCGUUGCGACGGGGGAGGUGGAGACAAUGGCGUGCGUACCUAUCGAAUCAAUAGAGGAGGUGGGAGCAACAAUCAGAUUGCUGCUCCCACCCCCUCGGCGCCCCCAGCCCAACCUUCUCGGCUCCAGCCGUCUGCUGCCACGUCCUCGGCGACCACACCGCAACCUUCUCGGCUCGUCCCCUACGUUCCCUCCUCCGCGGCGCCCGUUGGCCCCCAUCAGAUCGAAGAUGCUCCCACCUCCUCGGCAUCAGGCAGAUUGAUGCUCCCACCGGACUUUGUCUGGUAUACGCUGAGUCUAUUUUCAGCAUUUUUGGUGUUGUAACGCCGGAUGAGCCUGUCGCAGCGAACAAUUACAAUGCACGAUGCUAACAGGAUGAAAGCAGACGA